CGGUUCCUUCGUUUCAGUUACGACAUGGGCAACGUCAGCCCAAAGGAUAGUCUUCUAUUCUACCCAUAUGAAGACUUCAGAUUGAAGUUACUCAAGAAAAACUUUCCGCGGCUGUUGAAUAAGCCAGCGACGGAAUACAAGAUGAAAGACAUAGCUCUGAACCUCCACCCUCAGUCCCAGGUCCUCACCUGCGCCUACUCCCCAGAUGGCCGUUUUCUCGCCUCAUAUUCGAAAUCCGACAAAAAAAUAUCCAUAUGGGAUAUCCAUAAUGGUACAAAGACUGAUCAGCUCCAGACUCGGGCUCCUGAUGGCUUCACUAUUCUACAUCGCCUUCUCAAUUUACAGGGUCUUACAUUUUCACCAGAUGGGACGCAAUUAGCCACAACCAACGGUAAAUCUUUCUUGACCUGGGCUUUACCGUCUCUCGAAGAGCACAAAUAUCGAAUCAAUACACCAGACACAAUUAGUUGUGUAAAGUUUUUGGGAGAUGGAUUAAUUGCAUUUUCAUCCUCCAACAUUAUUACUAUCUGGCGUGAAGAGACGGCGGAGAAUGUUCAUAUACUUCGCGGCCACAAAGAGGAUAUUACUAGCCUGGAAAGCUUACCCAAACAUCAGUGGUUGGCAUCUGCAUCACAGAAUGAGAGUUUUAUACGAUUAUGGGACCCAAACUCGGGAUUGGAAUUAUAUACCCUGAAUAGCCACAACCCUGGCAUUAGAUCCAUCUCUUUCUCAUUUGAUGAGACGAAGCUGGCAUCAGGGUACAAGGAUUCUAUCGAAAUCUGGGACUUUGAGAAUAUGGGCCCGGAUCCUCAGGGAUUAAAUAUGAGAAGAAUUGAGUACUUCGAAGACUCGAAACACGUUGAAUCAGUAGUAUUUUCGCCAAAGGAUCUCAGUCUGGCGUCAGUAUUGACCGGCGGCCUGAUCCGGAUUUGGGAUACUUGCGCCUUUCGGCACGAAGUGAAAGGCUCUGUUACUCAAAUAAACAGGCAUACCUGUGCUAUUCAAUGCUUAAGGUUCUCACAUAACGGAGAGUUUUUUGCUACUGCAGAUCGCGAUGGAAAUAUAUGUAUUUGGGAUGGGAAAACAGGAGAUUGUAAGAUUUCGAUUGAGAGCAAGGGCUGUGAAUUACACUCGAUCUCGCCGGACGACCAGAGCCUAGUCACUUCUUCUACCGAUGGUGUGAUGGCCAUUUGGAAUACAGGAAAUUGGCUUCUGAGACGAAAACUUAUCGGCCAUCAAGACAAGAUAUUAUGCGUCGAAUUCUCUCCAGAUAGGAGGCACAUGGCGUCAGCGUCACACGACGGAACCAUUGGAAUUUGGGAUCUAUUAAACGAGUAUGAUAUCGCAGAAACGAAACCGGCACAUCAGAUUAAGGCCGAGUUCGAGCGCUCGAACGCAUUCGACAGGAAAGGUAUUAUACGAGCAUGCAUGGCAUUUUCACCAGACGGAACACAAUUAGCUUGCAGCGUGAGAGGUGGUGCCGCCAUUCAAAUCUGGAACGUGAAGCCAGAUGGUUCACUAGAUGCGUCUCAACAACUGCACUCUGCAUAUGAUGCUUUUAAUGAGCGCCCCUUCUUUUCUGAGCGUAUCUUCUUCUCACAGGACGCCAAUUUCAUUAUUGCGUCUGGAGAUGGGCAUUUGAGUAUCUGGAGGAUAGAAUCUAAAAAACUCCUAAUAUUGAUUAGACAUGUGCCGAUGAUAUUUCAGUCUCUAAGAUGGGAUGCAAGGGAUCCGGGAUAUAUUUUUACAGAACUUGGACGCUUUUUCAUCGGCUAUGUGUUUGAUACGAAGGCUGAAACAUCGAAACCGAUGCGAUAUAAUGAUGGCUACUGGACGGAUAUGGUGAAAACGUCAUCGGGUCGGCAAUCAGAAUCGUGUACAUUAAAUUGGAGGGAACUUGAGAUUUGUUGCAAGGGUAAGCCAUUGGCCAAGUUUCCAUCCAGUUAUUUCCCGUCUCACUGGCACGGUAUAUGGAUGCUUUGGAUUCGCAAGAAAAGGAUUGCAAUGGGAUAUAAAUCAGGCCAUGUGAUGUUGUUGAACUUUGAGGGGAGAUGACGACAUAGAUAUAUGACAUUGAGAUUGCUGUUCAAUGUUUACGGCUGAUGGAUGGAUAAUUUCUUGACUUUGAGUCUUUGUUAGCUGUGAAUUGAUG